UGAUUGCAACUUGAAGUUCCAAUUUUACAGCAGAGAAAAUGAAGGAGUCCAAAGCUUAUAAAGUUCAAGACGUCAAACGAAAUUUCAGAAAAGGUGUAAUUGCUAGUUCUCUUGCCGAAUUGACGRAAAAAGGCGUAGAAAAGCUACGAUUACCUCCGGAAGGUUGCAGGGUUUGUAUGGAAGAUGGAACCGAGGUGGACGAUGAAGAAUAUUUCGAAACUCUUCCAGCUCAAACGGUGUUGGUAUUUGUGAAGCCAGAUGAACARUGGGAAGGAUAUUUAACAGUGCUCAAGAAUGCUACAGAGAAAGUAUUUGAACUGGCAUCAUCACAACGAGAUAAGAUUAUCGAAAACAUCAAUAACUUAAUCAGUGAAGGCAAUUCUGAGCAUGUUUAUGACAUCAUGUCUGCAGUUGUUAACAGACUAAGUGAAAACAUUGAUGCUGAGGACAAGGAAGAAGACAAAGAAUGGUUUGAUGGUGUUAAUGAAAGAUUUAAAACAAAAAGUGAAGUACUUAGAAACUCGGCACAAUCAAGAAUAAGAAGUUAUCUCUCAAAGACAAARGAGUUUGUYGAUGGAAAUGUCACAAAAGGCAAAGCAUCCACUUUAUUAUCAGAAGUUUUAGCAAAUUUCAAAGAAAAACUUAAAGAAGAAGAUUACUUUGGUGGCUAUUUUGUCCGCACUGGAGAAGAUGAAGGUUUUAGAUUAUGUUGCGAUAAGGGAUGGUUUGAAUGUCAAGGAGAGUACAAUGUUCGACAAUGUUCGAAGCGCCACAAAAUCAACCCAUAUGGCAGCAAGGAAAGCAGGGUUUUGUUUAGUACAUGGAAUUUGGAUCAUGUGAUUGAAAAGUCUCGCGAAGUUUUGCCAACCUUGCUAAAUGCAGCAGAGAAGUGCCCCAAAAAGCACAAACUGAACUCUGAUUACUUCUUCCAACUCCUCUUCACACUUGACAAUUUAAAACUGGUUCAUAUUGGAUGCCAUGACAAAAGCGAACAUCAUGGGAAGAARUGUAACAAAAAAAUGUUUUAUAAAAAACUCUGAUGCCACUUCCUUAGUUGGGCUUCCUGUCCCAUAUUGAUCGUGAGAGACUGUAAACGACAUUCUACUUUGCCAAGAGUGCUGAAAAGGCGUCCAAAUCAAAACUGUUGUUUCGCGGAAAACCUGAAAACUGAAGAAUUUACUCGACAUUGUAGCAAUAAACGGUAGUACUGA